AUGCUUACCUCCGCAUUUGGGCUUCACAUGACGACCCUGCCGCCGGACACGAAUUCUCCAGCAGCUCCAAAGAGCUACACACCUCAUCUACUCCAUAAAUUCGAUUCUCCAGCGGAGCUCAAACAGCUCCAUGCCCACCUUAUCAAAACCAAUGCCUCUAUCUCCGUCCUUCCACUACCCAAAGUUGCUUCUGUUUGCUCCCGCGGCCGCUGCUUCCCCUACGCCCAACAUAUCUUUGCUCGCUCCGACAACCACGACACUUCCGUCUGGAAUUCGUGCCUGAGAGCUCUGGCAGAAGGCGAUCACCCCAUCGAUGCCGUCUCGCUGUUCUACCAGAUGCGUACGUCGGAUGUCUUGCCCGACGCGUUCACUUGCUCCUUCCUUCUCAAAGCUUGCGUGAGCUUGUUAGAUAUCGCUAACGGUAAAAUCCUUCAUGGGGUUGUUGAGAAGCUUGGGUUUGGGUCGAAUUUGUUUCUGCAAAACAUGAUCUUGAAUUUGUAUGGACUGUGUGGGGAAAUGGCUGAUGCAAUGUUACUGUUCGAUAAAAUGCCUCAAAGAGAUGUCGUCACUUGGAACACCGUAAUAACCCAGAUGCUCAAGAGGGGAGAUAUCGAGGGCGCUUCAAGACUCUUCUCCAGGAUGCCGGAGAGGAAUAUCAGGUCAUGGACGUUGAUGAUUUCGGGCUGUGUCCAGUGCGGGAAACCAAAAGAAGCCAUUGAUUAUUUCCUGAAGCUGGAAGAAGAAUCUGGGUUGCGGCCUAACCAAGUCACGGUUGUAUCUGUUCUUGCAGCCUGUGCUGAUCUCUGCGCUCUAGAUUUGGGGAAAAGGGUUCACGAGUACUCAAACAGAAGCGGGUUCAAGACUAACGUGCUCGUUUGCAACACCUUGAUCGACAUGUAUGCCAAAUGCGGUUCCCUGGAGGAAGCCAGCCGAGUUUUCGACGAGAUGGAAGGAAAACGAACCGUGUUUUCAUGGUCUGCAAUGAUUGUGGGACUUGCAGCGCAUGGACGAGCUCAGGAAGCCCUGAGCCUCUUUUCAAGCAUGCUCCAGGAUGGAACAGAACCAAACGGUGUUACAUUCGUGGGUCUGUUGCAUGCCUGCGCCCAUAUGGGUCUUGUCGACGAAGGUCGAGCCUUUUUCACCAGCAUGACUCGGGAUUACGGAAUAACUCCAGGGAUCGAGCAUUAUGGCUGCAUGGUUGAUCUCCUGAGUCGAGCUGGACUAGUGAAAGAGGCUUAUGAAUUCAUCAUGGAAAUGCCUAUUAAACCGAAUGGUAUCAUCUGGGGUGCUCUUCUUGGUGGUUGUAGGCUUCACAAAGACAUCAAAUUGGCUGAGCAAGCAAUUCAGCACCUCUCUGUACUGGAUCCUCUCAACGAUGGGUAUUACAUCGUGUUAUCGAACAUCUAUGCAGAAGCUGGUCGAUGGGAAGACGUGACGAGAGUAAGGAAGCUGAUGAAGGCGAGAGGGGUGAAGAAAACCAGCGGGUGGAGUAAGAUAACUCUGGGCGGUGGAAUCGUUCAUGAAUUCGUGGCUGGAGAUGAGAGUCACCCACAGGCUGAAGGGAUAUUUCGAAAGUGGGAUGAACUUGCUGUUGAGAUGAAGCUUAGAGGGUACGUGCCCAACACUUCACUUGUGCUGCUCGACAUCGAAGAGGAGCAGAAGGUGAAGUUCAUUUAUCGUCACAGCGAGAAGUUGGCUGUGAGUUUCGGGCUGUUGAACACUCCGGCUGGAACGACGAUCAGGAUCAUCAAGAAUCUACGUGUUUGUGAGGAUUGUCAUUCGGCUUUGAAACUGAUAGCGGCCAUCUCUGGUCGUGAGAUUGUUGUGCGUGAUCGUAAUAGGUUCCAUUGUUUCAAGGACGGAUGCUGUUCUUGUGGGGAUUAUUGGUAA